AAAGGAAAUUCUUGUUACCUUUCCGUCUUUCAAGACGGAUGUUAUUGUCAAGCUGUCAAGUGUCAACUACCAAAAGUCAGAUUUUAUAACCUAUAACAAGCAAAAUAAAUAAUGCUAAAACAGAAAUUGUAGUAGAACAUAUAAAAAAAAUAAGACUAUACUUAACACGAAAUGUUUAAAAGUAUUUUAAUAUCAUCAGCAUCAAAUUUUUAUAAAUUUAAUAUUAGUUUAAAAUGUAAAUACGAUCUUAACAGAUUCCAAAGGUUUCUACAUCGAUCGGUUGUAUUUGAAAGUCCUAGAAAUGUACCAAAAGACAAAUCCUUCCCCGCAGCUAUAUCGCGAAAAUAUGAAAUCCUUAAUGAAACAAAUUUACCCGUAAUAGAACAUACUGCAGAUGAAAUUCACAUGGAUAAAAAAUAUCCCAUUCUUAGUGAUGAGUUUGAUGGAAUUAAUCUCGAAAGAGGAAAAAAUGGAGUGUUUGAAAUCGAAGAUCUUGUUGAUUUAUUGCAGAGGGAGAAUUCCAAAAAUAUCUUUGUGGCUUCUGUACCAAAGGAAAUUAAUUAUGUGGAAUACAUUUGCGUUGUUAGUGGCCGCAGUAAAAGACAUGUAAAAGCAUUAGCAGAGUUUGUAAGGAAGGUUUAUAAGAAAAAAUGUUACAAAUCUGAUCAUAUACCUAGAAUAGAAGGAAAGGAUUCUGAUGAAUGGAUGGCAUUAGAUUUAGGUAACAUAGCUCUUCAUAUAUUCUCAGAUAAAGCUCGAGUUGUUUAUGACUUGGAAACUCUUUGGGCAGUCGGUGCAGAGUAUGAUGAGAAAAUGACACAGAAGAGUGAUGUUGUAGACAUAUUUGAAAACUACAGUUCAUAUUUAAAAGAUCUAAAACCUUUAGAAUAAAGUUUAUUGUAACAGAUGUUGAAGACGUAGCUUUUUAAUUGGACGCUUAAGCAGAAAAGAUAUAACCAACAAUUUGUCAAAAGUCGAGUUACAUAUAGUAAUACUCUACUAAUCGAAAUAAAUAUAUGCACAAAAGAUCUAAGCAGUCUCAUAACUUUCUCCAAACAUACUAUAUGUACCAACACAUAUUCUAUCAAAUCACAUCAAAAUUUCAAAUUAUAUUUACUCAAAAGUAACAUAAUGUUGGUUGGAUCUUGUCUGCUUAACAGGGUCCAAUUAACAUAGAUAAGAUAGAUAAUGAAUAGAGUUUUUAAGACAUAAAUAAAAACA